GUUUGAAAUGGGCAGAGCGGACUUCCAGAUGAGAAGAAGAAGAACCGCUGCCAGGCCUCAGCCAUGCAGGGAAACAACGCAGAGGGGCAGAGCCUGCGAAAAGUGUAAAACCACACAUGUUGUUGACCGGCUGAAUGUGUUGCCGUCCAGACUGAUCUGAUUGGACACGGAGACCUGCCAGAUAAUCACUUACAUUUUCCACGAGAUCCGUUGGUACCACGGGGAACCUCAGGAGUGUGCUUGCACCAUGUCUCAUCCCCUGUUUAACCCUGGCCCUUCAGGAAAUCAACAAUCCACCCAGAUCCAUAAUGGACCACCGGCGACAUACCUUCCCAAGGGAUUUUCUAAUCUUGGACCUGUAUCUUCUGGAUCUUCAUCUGCAGCUCUUGCCAACUACAUGCCAGGUCAAAACAAAGUCAAAUCAGAUAAUAAUACAGUGGACUCAGUUGCUUGGACUGUGAAAAGUGUGCAUGAACCUAUGGUCCAGAUGGCUAAUUUUAGCAUCGGUCAAAGAAGUGAAUUUCCUUCCUCCUCUUCCAUGUUGGCAACAUCUCAAAGACACACACACAGUGCUGGAAUCGACCCUACCUCCUUAGACUGGUUGGCCAUGUACAAACAAGCUACAAAGAAUGAUGCAUCAGAAUUUUCUUCUUUAUUUUCUCCAUCUGGUUUUAAUGUUGGUCAGAGAGUUUUGUCGGGUGAACAGGUAGAGAAUUCAGAGUCCAUUCUGGGAUUAGGUGAUAAUGAAAAUCCUGUUUCUAACAGAUCGGUUUUUUCGACUGAGUCUAAUCAACUGCAACACCCUACAGAAACAGCAGCUGAGAUCCUUCAGAGGUUUGGCCUUGAUGAAGGCGACUUGAAGAAACUUGACUCUUACUCUUUGAAUCGGAUCACUCCUGGAAAUCUCUCUCGCAUCUUGCAGCACAUUUAUAUUCAGAAGGAGCAAAGAGCUGCAGCUGCAGGAAAGUCUUCUAAACCCCAUUCUCAACCACGGAGUAUUCUGAAGCCAAGUAAAGUUAUUGACUUUGGACAUUCUGAAGUUGUAAAGACCAGUAGUGAUGACAGUAAUCAGAUGGUAGAUAGGUCACCACUGAAUAAGGAAAGCACAAGUGCUUUGGACUCGAAGAGGACAUCUGUAAUUAAACCUGAUAGUGACCCAUCUGAACGACUGCAGGUAAAGCCCAGAGAGGAGGACACAAAACUUCUCAGACCUAAAGUCUCCAAAUCCUGUCCUUUGAAAGAACCAGAGUCAGGUCACCUGCUGAUGUCAGAAACCCAACCAUCCUGCUCCCGGGUCUCUGGUGUUCUUUACAGUUGUUCAUAUCUUAAAAGUUCAAACAGUGAAUCUGGUAAAACUCAAAGAAAACGGACUGUAGUUGAUAAGCAGAGGUCAAAGCAGCAGAUUAAGCAGAAUUAUGUUAGACAGAAAACUCAAGUGAAGCUUCGCAAGCAUCGACAGAAUAAGCCAGUGACGAAGACUCGGGAAGCUUUGAAACUUCAAAGUUCUUCUGCUAAAGCAUCGUCCAGCAAACCGCCUGAGGUCCUGACGUCGGUUCCCAAACGUCUGCCAACGCUGGCCAUGAUUGAAGACUUCGAAGGAGCCACACCGAGAACAUUUCCCCAUAUGUGUUCUCUCUGUGACCAGAUAUUUUCCUGCAUUGAUGAUUGGCUCUACCACCAGAGUACCAGGAACCACUGUGAGAACUCCAGACUUCUUCAGAGAAAGUAUCCUAAGUGGAUUCGGGAAGUAAAACCGUUCCCCGGAAAAGAAAAAACAUUGUUUGCAACUUCUAGGAGUUCGCUGCAUCGUCUGCGAAGCAGUAAGCCUGAAAGCUGGUCCCGCUCAAACGGUGCCAGUCGCUGCCAGGGCUUGGAGGGUCAAAGUGAUGAGUCCGGCAACAGUUCUCGCUCCAGCUACCUGUGGCGUCACCAUAGUCGGAGAUCACGUUCCCCCUCACACAUCCCAGGGUCUAGUAGAGGGUUGAAGAAAAAAACGCUCAGCUCUGGAAGCAGGUCCUGUUCCAGCUCCCGACCCGACUGUGUCUCUAAGGAUGAAGGAGAAAAACGAUCCAAUUCUCCUCACAGCUUUAGACAAACUGACCCGUCUGUUUGUCCUCUGGAGUCCAAUCAUGGCAAAUAUACUCCAGAAUCAGCUGCUGAGAUCCUAAAGAUGUUUGGACUUGACAAAGAGGACAUAAAAGAACUUGACUCUUAUCCUGAGGAUCAGAUCACUCCUGAAAAUCUACAUCUGGUUUUGCGUCAGAUUUUCCUUCAGAAGAAGAAAAGAGCCACAGCUGCAGAAAACCUCAUUGAACCCCAACCCAACCCAAGCAUGACCUUUAGUCCUGAUGGUACAGAGAUGAGUUUUGAUAAAAUGUCCCAAAGUCUUCUGAAACCAGUUAAGGUGGUUGAUUAUGGACAUUGUGCAAAGUAUACUAUUGUUGGUGAUGAGAUAAAGAAGACCAGUACAGAUAGCAGUGAGCCAUGUGGAGAUACAUUACCGCUGGAUAAUUCAAACCCCAGUGGUUGCAAAAAGGCACCGCUGCAAAAAUGUAAGAAACACGUCAGAACCUUUGGUUUGGACUCAAAGAAUCGCCCCAGUAUUAAACUAGGUAGUGGCCCUAAUAAAAGACCGCAGGACAAACCAAAAUGGAAAGUCACAAAACCUCUCAAGUCUCCAGGAUCCAAAAAUUUUCCUUUGAAACAAUCUCAGUCUGGUCAGAUGUCAAAACCAAAAAUUAGAAAAUCCAGCGCCCACCUCACGGGGGGUUGUCCAAGUGGUCCAAACCUGAACAGUACAAAGCAUAAAUGUCUAGGAAAAAGAGCAGCAGCUGCUGUGAAAACGUCAAAGCUGCAGAUGGACCAAAAACCCAAGAGACAAAGGUUGAAGCAGAGGACUCUGAAGCAUGAGACUAAAGUAGAAUCCAAGACUGGGAAAGCUCCACCAUGUGACAUUUCUUCUGGCAAACUAACUCCAACCAAACCACCCGCUGUCAAGGGCUCAGUUUCCAAUCAUCUGCCAACACUGGAAAUGAUUAAAGACUAUGCAGCAGCCACACCGAGAACCUUUCCACACACCUGCUCCAUCUGUAACAAGGAAUGUUCUCACAUGCAGGAUUGGCUGUCUCACCAGAACACCAGCUUUCACCUUGAGAGCUGCAGAAUCCUCCGGACACAAUAUCCAAAGUGGGAUGGGGAUGUUCUACCAUUACUUAGUGCUGAGAUUAAAACCCCGUCGACAUCACCGUUCCACUGGCCAUCACACAGCCCCCACCGCUAUUAUGGCUCAGAGGGUCGAAGGAGCAGAUCCAGGACCAGGUCCCACUCUCGAUCUCGUUCAUACAGCCCGGCCUCGCAUUGUUGUCCAAAUGGCCAGUGGUCCAGAAGCAGAUCACGUUCCAACUCCCACUACCACAGUGGCUCCAAGGACAGAAGAGAGAGAAGCACCAGCCGGUCCAGAUCACCUUUCGACUGUAGACGCACUCAGAGGUCUCGAUCUGGGUCUCCACAGUACGACAAGCCGUCCUCCACUCUCUGUUGCUCACAUUCAAGGAGCCAUGAGAGACAGUCCUCCUCCAGGAGGAGAGAUGAGAAAUGGUUCUCACCGAGGAGGAGCUGUGAAAGAAAGACGUCGCCAAGACCUAAACAAGAGAGGCGAUUGUCCACAGAGAGUUCAGUUCCUCGAAGUGAAAAAAUAAGCAGCGCAGAGAGACUGGUGAAAAAUCUAUUAUAAACAUCAGUCUUUCCAAACGUUUUUAAAACCCUGACUGCUGCUUUAAAAGCUGAACCUGACAGGAUGAACUCAACAUCCUCUUUACCAACCUCCAGCGUGACCAAACUGGAGCAUGCAAAGGCGCUGGAAACGAAGCCCACUCUUUAGUGGAGGAAGAACAGUGCUGCCAGAUCUAUGGUUGGUGUUGAGGGAAAAUAUACAGUUGUUUUUGAGUGUUUCAUAACAAAGGGUUGAUUAAACUAUAUUUGUGAAACGA